UUUUUUUUUUUUUUUUGGUUCCGCCUUUUUUUUUUCGCUUUCUCUUUUACCUUUUUUUCCCUCUUUUUCUUCUUCCUUUUUCUUUCUUUCUUUGGAAACUUAACUCUUUGAUUCUUCUUUGGAUUCAACAUCACCAUUAUAUAUACUCCAACCUCAUGUCACCACCAAACACUGCCAACAGAAAACAAGUACAACAACAGCGACAUUCUUUAGUGGACAGAUGUUCUACCAUUCGGGCAUGUGAACCUUGCCGUGGACGCAAAAGAAUAUGUAAUGGAGAAGCUCCAGGGUGUAUUUACAAUAUGAUUUCCGAUCAUGCACGCAGCGUUUUCACCACAAGCACCGCGCGACGUCUUAGUUCUGGAUCUGCCUGUGAAACUUGCCGUCGUAGGAAGACAAAAUGUGAUGCCGGACAACCUUGUAGCUAUUGUGCAGCCAACAACUUGAAAUGUGUCAAUAAUGCCGAACGUAGAAAACGAUCCAGUAUGUCAGUCGUAUCAACAUCAUUAUCAUCACCAUCAUCCACCUCAACGUCUCCUUCAUCAGCUAUGAACUUACCGGCUUCAUUUUCAUCACCGUCAUCAAAUACGUUCCUGGGAAACACUAACUCUGAUCACGAGGCUAUGGAUCGCAUUGAAGAUCGGCUUAGGCGCAUCGAACAACUCAUGACCGUUUUCACCCCAAGCCCUCUCUCACAAAGUACUCUGUAUCCCGAUGAUGUCUAUAGAACUUGCCGAACCAAAGACAACAGCAACAAUAUUUCUCCUCACUUUGUUCGCCAACAACGUCAUUCAGUACAAGGAAUUACCGUUGCGAAGGAACAAUUGGAAUUACAAAUUGCUAGAAGGGUUCGGUAAUUCAUCAUCAACUUCCUCAGAUCUUUUACAUGCAGGGGCAUAUAUCACACCUCCAAAUAGUGGUGGGAAAAAACAACAACAACAUCAACAUCAUCAACAAUCAUCAUCGUCAUCAUCAUCAUCGUCAUCACCAUUAUCAUCACCAUUA